AUCUUAAUAUAUUCCACAUACAUCAUAUGCUCAAAUACAAUUCCCCUUGUUUGAUUUCUUAUUGUUUAUAGCAAUGAAGCCAAUGGACAUCCAACAAAAGCUGAACCAAUACAGAUAUCAUUUCAUCGUAACGAUCCUCGCCUCAUCGAUCGUCGCUGUUCUAGCGUAUGCAGCCCCGAGUCUGCUCACCGUUCUGGCCUACUUUUGGCCUCUUUUUGCGUCUACGACCGUGUUGUUGGUGCUGAUUGUGGCUUUUGGUGGUGUUUCGCAGUUAGCGACAGAAGAUCACGGUGAAAAGGCCGGUGAAGGACUACUGGACUAUGUUGCGGCUGCCCGGCCGGAGCAUACAGAUGCGGAACCUCGGAGAUUUGAGUGAACAACAACGACAUGGGCCGGCCUGGUUCCUCGUUUGAAUUGAUUUGCACAAAAGCUGUAAUUCUUCUUCUACUUUCCCUUACAAAAUGUAAAAGCAAGGGGCAUCGAACCUAUUGUUAACUCGAU